AUGUCGGGCUGGAGGAGUCUUAACGUGGGCGUCAUUGGCGGCGGUAUUGGAGGCAUGUCCGCCGCAAUUGCUCUACGUCGCGCAGGGCACACGGUGACCAUCUACGAGAAAUCGGAUUUCGCAGGUGAAGUUGGUGCCUCGGUCUCGUGUGCUGCCAACGGAACCCGCUGGCUACACGAGUGGAACGUGGAUAUCGCUAAAGGUGACCCUGUCAUUCUGAAAAAGCUUAUCAAUCGUGACUGGAAGACAGGCGAACCUGUCAGUGUGUAUGAUCUUGACGAUUAUGAGAAGCGCUGGGGAUACGUGUAUAACAUGUUUCAUCGCCAGUAUAUGCAUACCAUGCUGAAUGAUGCGGCGUUGGGCGAGGGCGAAGGGAUCCCUGUCACACUGAAAGUGAAUCAUCGGUGUCGCGACAUAGAUUUGACAACGAGCACGAUUGUUUUUGAGAACGGCCAAGUGGUCUGUCAUGAUCUGAUCAUCGGGGCUGAUGGAAUCGGUUCGGCCGUUCGAAGCACCAUCGGAAUCAAACCGGCAAAGCGACCUUCCGACCAGAGCUGCUUGCACACAAACGUGAAAACCGAAGAUGCUGUCAGGCUCGGCCUGGUCAACUACUCCGACGAUAGCGCACUGGAGUAUUGGGGUGGCCAGGAAGGUAAAUGGGACAAGAUUGUUCUGUCGCCCUGUAAUGGCGGCAAACUCCUGUCAUACUACUGCUUUUUCCCACGGGAACAAGGCGACUAUUCCACACAGGCAUGGGGGGCCGAUGAUCGUCCCGUCGAGGAACUCCUCAACCCAUACCCGGAACUGGAUCGGCAAGUGUUUAACCACCUGAAGAUUGGGACUGAGAUCAAGCCCUGGCGUCUUUGGGUCCAUGACCCGUAUCCGUACAUCCAACGGGGUAGCACCUGCCUCCUAGGAGAUGCUGCACACCCAAUGAUGCCCCAUCAAAGCCAAGGAGCCUGCAUGGCCAUCGAAGAUGCGGCAGCCCUUGGAAUUCUAUUUGACAAACGUUAUUUCGCUGGAGAUAUCGCGCAGGCGCUCGCGGUUUACGAGGAGGUGCGCUUGCCUCGUGUCACAAGAGUUCAAGCAGCAGCAGCCAAAGCAGCUUAUAACAUCAAUGAGCGGAUUGGGUUCUCCGUCAACAAAGAUAUCCCCACAUAUAAAGUCGAAGACGCGAAAAAGGUUCUUACUGUAGAGGAGAUGAAUGCCUAUGACCUGUACGAAGACAUCAACGAGAAACUUGCAGCAAAGCGCGGGUCAACUUAUACCGACCAGUUUCUGUGUGGACUGCCCAUCGGACUUGAGUUGCCGAAUGGAAUCACGGUCGGAGCGAGCGCCUAA